AUGGGUAACCAACCCUCAAGCCUGCAAACCUGUCUGACCGACGUCUGUGCUGGGCAGUCAAACUGUGUGGGAUAUGCCGCCUUUACCAACGACCCCAUCUACCAGCUCACCUGGGUCAAGCCGUACAACCUCGAUCCAACCACUGCCGUAAACCCCAUCGCAGUCGUGAGGCCGAACACGGCGGAGCAGGUGGCUGGUGUUGUCAAAUGUGCGGCUGCAAAUGGCAAAAAGGUCCAGGCCAAAUCGGGUGGACAUUCAUACGGGAAUUACGGUAUGGGCGGUCCCAAUAGCACCGAUGUCAUCACCAUCGACAUGGUCAACUUCAAGCAGUUCCGCAUGGACAAUGAGACGUGGAAGGCUACCAUCGGAUCUGGCCAUCAGCUCGGUGACGUAUCCGAGAAGCUGCACGAAAACGGCGGCAGGGCAAUGGCACACGGUGUGUGUCCUGGAGUCGGCAUAGGCGGCCAUGCCACCAUCGGCGGCCUGGGGUCCAUGUCUCGCCAGUGGGGAUCUUGCCUGGACCACGUGCUCGAGGUUGAGGUCGUCACUGCCGACGGCAAGAUCCAACGGGCCAGUGAAGAGCAAAACUCGGAUCUGUUCUUUGCUCUCAAAGGUGCCGGCGCCAGCUUCGGCGUGAUAACCGAGUUCGUCAUGAAGACGCACCCAGAGUUCGGCAAGGCGGUGCAGUACAUGUACUCGUUCACAUUCGAGUCCAUGCGCGAGCAGUGGCGCGUUUUCAAGGCCUGGCAGGACGUCAUCGGCGACCCGAACCUUGACCGGCGCUUCGGCAGCCAAAUCAUCAUCACGCCGCUGGGCUGCAUCAUCGAGGGCACCUUCUACGGCUCGCAGGAAGAGUUUGACGCCACGGGCAUCGUCGGCAAGCUUCCGUCGACGCGCAACUCAACCAUCCAGGUGACGGACUGGAUGGGCGCCGUGGCCAACAACGCCGAGCGCGAGGCCCUCUACAUCUCCAACCUGGCGUCGCCCUUCUACUCCAAGUCUCUCGGGUUCCGGCAGCAGGACCUGCUGUCCGAGGACGCCAUCAAGAACAUGUUCAACUACAUCGCCGACACCAAUACCGGCACGCUCAUCUGGACCAUCAUCUUCGACCUCGAAGGCGGCGCCAUCAACGAUGUGCCCAUGAACGCCACCGCCUACGCCCACCGCGACAAGACCAUGUUCUACCAGUCGUACGCCGUCGGCAUCCCGCGCGUCUCGAGCACCACGCGCGACUUCCUGUCCGGCUUCCACAACCUCAUGGCCGAGAGCAUCAAGGACCGCGACGCCGCCGGCGCCGUGCUGUACGCCGGAUAUGUCGACCCGGACCUGGGAGACGCCGCGCAGAGGUCAUACUGGGGCUCCAACUACCCGGCGCUCCAGCGCAUCAAGGCCAAGUACGACCCGGAUGAGCUGUUUCGCAACCAUCAGAGCGUUCGGCCCGACGCCAACGCGAAGAGCGAGAAGGACAAUGGGUCUGGAUCCGACCCGUCGCAGAGUGGCGCUAGCGGCCCGCAGGCCACCGGCGAAAGCAGUGACGAAAAUCUUGGACCAGCCAGCCGACCAGCAUGGGCGCUACUCUCGCUGUGGCUGAUGGCUUCGUCAACGGCGCUGCUCUUGCUUUGA